AAACAAUAAGUUUCUGCAAAUUAACAAAGGAAAUAUCUUUUUAUUAUUUUUGUUGAAUCAUGAAGAUAUUUCCUUCGUUCAUGGUUUCUUGUGUUCUCAUGUUCUGCAUUCUCAACCAUGUGAAAGAAGUGAAAAGUGAGGUGAUCAAUGGGAAGAAGGUGUGCGUAUAUGCACAAAUAUUCGAUCAGAAUUGUGGCUGGGAUGGACGCAAGACGUGCAUAAAAGACUUUAAUUCUAUGGGCGAACACCCUUUUGAUUGCGAGUGUUCCCUGUUCGAACCAGGCGAAGGCAGACGUGUUUGCAGAUGUAAAUUCCUCAGACCUCCUUUCCCAGGACAACCCAUCGUUUGCUCAUAAUCUUUUGUUUUCUUUUUUGGGAUCUUGUACCGAUUUUAUCAUAAAAACAUAAACUAUUAAAUCUCUAAAACCCGAUUACACUACCAAUGUAAACAUUAUUUUAUACUAUAUAUAUAAAAGAAAAAGAAACACGUAUAUUGGAAGGUGCACACAUACGUCGUCAUGCGACCCACCAAAUAAGCUAUAAG